UCCGCCUUAACCUAGAUUUGAACUCGCCUGGAGAAAGUGCCUGCACCGAAGAGUGCUCCUCGUUCAGCUUAAAUCAUGUGACAGUGUGACCUCUGACCUGCUCCACAUUUAUACACACCGCCUUGUUACCUGAAGGGCUGAUGGAUGAGCAGUUUGGCGGCAGUUGGGACGAUCGCCAUGUCAUCAUGUGUUUCGAGUCAGCCUGCUGCUGAGAAGACGCCUGUUUGCAGGGAUGAGCAGAGCAGCAGCACCAGAAAGACCAAGCAGCAGCACCAGCAGCAUCCCCCAGACCUUGUGUGCAGCAUCUCAAUACUGAACCUGGACGUUGGCAUGGAGUCCCUGAUAGUGGUCACAGAGUGUGACCCGAGCUCGGCCGGGCAGGGCGAGGACAUGGACAGCUGCAAUCCCCCCGAGCUUCAGCCUGACUGCGGCGGGCUCACCAAAGUGGGGGUCUCUGCGCCCCUCUUCAAGAAUGAGCAGAACCAAGGGAGCCAGGAGGCCAGAGUCCGGCUCAACCUCUCCGACCGCAAACUAUCCCUGCAGGAACGCUCACAGACUGCCCAGUCUCCGGGCAGCAACCCAGGGGUAAACGGACGCUACAUUUACCCCUCCCUGCCCUACUCGCCUAUCACCUCUCCCCACUCCUCCCCUCGCCUGCCACGGAGACCCACGGUUGAGUCUCACAGAGUCUCGAUCACUGAUCUGCAGGACUGUGUGCAACUCAACCAAUACAAGCUGAAAGAUGAAAUUGGAAAGGGCUCCUAUGGAGUUGUCAAGCUGGCGUACAAUGAAGAUGACAACACCUACUAUGCAAUGAAAGUUCUCUCCAAAAAGAAGCUCAUGCGACAAGCUGGCUUUCCUCGCCGACCCCCCCCAAGGGGUGCUAAAGCCGUCUCUGAGGCCCCCCCUCAGCCGAAGGGGCCCCUGGAGCGAGUGUACCAGGAGAUUGCCAUCCUGAAGAAGCUGGACCACCCCAAUGUGGUGAAGCUGGUCGAGGUGCUGGAUGACCCCAGUGAGGACCAUCUGUACAUGGUGUUUGAACUGGUGAAACAAGGUGCUGUAAUGGAAGUUACAAGAGACAAACCCCUAACUGAAAGCCAGGCACGGUUCUACUUCAAGGAUUUGUUGCGGGGAAUUGAAUUCUUGCACUAUCAGAAGAUAAUCCACCGGGAUAUUAAGCCGUCCAAUCUGCUGGUGGGAGAAGAUGGGCACGUCAAGAUCGCCGACUUCGGAGUCAGCAAUCAGUUUGAAGGCACGGACGCCCUGCUGACCAGCACUGUGGGCACUCCAGCCUUCCUGGCCCCCGAGACCCUGUCAGAAACCAGGAAGAAUUUCUCAGGCAAGGCGUUGGAUGUCUGGGCCAUGGGAGUCACGUUAUACUGCUUUGUGUUUGGACAGUGUCCCUUCAUGGAUGAGCGGAUAUUAAGCCUGCAUCACAAAAUUAAGAACCAGCUUGUGGAAAUGCCAGAGCAACGAGAUGUAUCUGAAGAGUUAAAGGACCUGCUAUUAAAAAUGUUGAACAAGAACCCAGAGGCAAGAAUCACAGUCCCUGAGAUUAAGGUCCACCCCUGGGUGACGAGACACGGGGCCGAGCCGCUCCCCUCGGAGGAUGAGAACUGCACACUGAUAGAGGUGACCGAGGAGGAGGUGGAGAACUCUGUCAAGCACAUCUCCAGCCUGGCUACAGUGAUUUUGGUGAAGACCAUGCUCCGGAAGCGAUCCUUUGGGAACCCCUUUGAUUGGAGCAGGCGGGAGGAACGGUGUCUGUCUCCCUCGGGAAACUCGCUCAUAAAAAACAAGUCAGGAAAUGUGAAAUACUGCUACAGUCACAGUAGCCACAGGAAGCAAGGCAGUGGGGACAGUAUAAAGAGCGCAGACCUGCCGGGCGUGGGGGAGGAUGAGGUCCUGUCCUGAAGGUGGCUGUCAAUUUAGAGAGCAGACGGACUGUCCAGAGUCCUCAAAGCACUGGAAGCUAAAGCACAGCUGCUGCCAGCAGCGAGGUCUCAUGCAGUGGUUUGAAGGAGCCCCCAGUACAGUAAUCUGUUUGUGUGCAGCUUUACAAUAGGCAGGCUCCUGGCAUGGGUCAGUCCUUGUGGUUUGCAUGUUUUCAAAUACAAGAUAAACAUUUCAUCAAUGAUCCAGACUUGUACAGCAGAUCAAUAUCUUACCUACUGGUGCAAAUUACCACCCCCAGCAUGAACUGCUUUACUGUUUGUGAUCGGUAUAGGAUUGGAUCGCUUUAUAAGUGUACUAAUUUGGGGCGUUUUAAUAUAUUUAAGAAUUGUGGUUUAACAAAACCUGAUACUGAUAUAAAGGUGCAGUUUGAACAUUUGUUUCUUUAAAGUGUGUUUAAGAAAAGGAUCUUGUACAGUGUCCUGUAGAAUCACAUGUUGGAUAUCUGCAUACAGUUAGGUAGCGGGAGCAGUUCUGUUAUUGUUGUAGCACACAAUAGCAUUUUUUAAGCAUUGUUGUGGAGUAUUGACAGUAUUUGUCAUUGCAUUUUGUUUUCCAAGUCUUAGGAGCUUAUAGCUUUGCUGUUAAAUUUAACAAUCACUAUACAGUUGGUACAGUAAAUGUAUUUACUGCUUUCAAGUAGUUUAGGCACUGUGUAGGCUGCCUAUUUUGAUCAAGUCCCACAUUAUCAUUAAUCUGCUAAUUCCAAGUUCUUGCUACAAACCUCUGGUAAGCUAUUUAAUAUAUUGACAGCAAUAUUGAGAAACCCCACAUACAUGUUAGUGUUCACUUGAUGGUGCUUCUUACUCAAUUUGGACCUGUUUCUGAAUACGAGCUGUGGCUGUUUUCACAGAGCCCGAUUACCACUAAUCCUGGAUUUCCUAAUGUUAACAUAGGCAAGGUCGUCUGAGACUAGUUAAUCAGGGUCUGGGAAAGUAGCCGGAAGUGAAAAGUGGGCUGAUGGUUUUGGUUGAUGGUUUUAUUGAUUUGUGUGACAUACAGAGCAGCCUAGAGGAAAAAAAACACCAAACGGUUUUACCUGUUUUGAUACAAGGGCUAUGUGACCUUUUUAAAUUGUAUUACUUUAAACAAUUUUCUAUUUUAUCUGAGGGAAUAGAAUAACACAUGUACGAAUGCUUCCAUAACCAAUACACUACAAAGAUGUAAAAUGUUUAAAAUAGGAGCUUUGUGAUAACGACUGCUUUCAAUACACGCCUAGUAAAUAUUCCCUGAUUAAGUGUUAAAUAGAACCAAACUGAAUCAAUCUCUAAUAUAUGAUAGUCCAGUAUUUUGUUAUAGUUCAGGUUAGGGUGUGUCGCAAUUGUUAGUUGCAGAUAAAUGGGCUGAAACGUGUUCAGCAUAUAAUGCAGUUGAUUCUGAACCAGUCGGUUGAUUACAGUAAGGUUUCUGUAUGCUUUUUUUACAUUAUGUAAAUAACUUCUGAUUGCCAAUUAAACAAGAGGUUCUGGGGGCUGAGGCAAACCAGAACACUACACAUGGAUAAUGGGAUGGAAUCUGAGGCAGGAAUAGGUAAGAAAAUCUUUGUUUAAAGCAGCCCAUUGUGAUCCAAUAUGUUAUAAAUAUGUUUUAAAAUGUACUGGAGGUACAGCUGAACCCCAUUAGUAAUUAAGGGUAGCCCUGAAAGUGUGCCGGAACGAGACAUGCUAUGUGAAAGGUUUGGUGCAUUGAUUAAGCCUUGUUCAACCAAAAGUUCAGUGUACUUCUCUUUCAGUCUCUUUAUAACCUCUGUGAUCCUAUAUACUGUUUAACCUGUGCAUAUCUUGGGAGCAGUGAAAGUGGUUUUUGUAUUGGCUCCCAUUCAAAUGGCCUGUUUCUCUUGAUAAUUGGUAGAAACCCAUCAGAAAAGGGUUUGACCCUACAAUUCCAUGAGAAUUCAGAUUCCUAGAAAAGUGAAAAAGUAGCAAUGGAACUUGUUCAAUCUCUGGAAUGUUAAGGAGGUGAUUCUCAUUGUGAACCAUGGCUUCAGUUUGGUAUUGACGAAGAAGAUUAUUAUUAUUAUUAUUAUUAUUAUUAUUAUUAUUAUUAUUAUUGUAGAUAAAUACAGUUUUCAGUUAUU